AUGGAUUCUGGGCCUCCUUGGACUGCCAUCCCCACCCCCAGGACCCCCCUCUCUGCCCCCAAUGCCACCACACCCUGGCUGGGCCGGGAUGAGGAGCUGGCCAAGGUGGAGAUUGGCAUCCUGGCCACGGUCCUGGUGCUGGCGACAGGGGGCAACCUGACUGUGCUGUUGAUCGUGGGACAGCUGGGUGGCAAGCACUCCCGCAUGCACCUGUUCGUGCGGCACCUGGCCCUGACGGACCUGGGCGUGGCGCUCUUCCAGGUGCUGCCCCAGCUGCUGUGGGACAUCACCUACCGCUUCCAGGGCCCUGACCUCCUCUGCCGGGCGGUCAAGUACCUGCAGGUGCUCAGCAUGUUCGCCUCCACCUACAUGCUGCUGGCCAUGACACUGGACCGCUACCUGGCUGUUUGUCACCCCCUGCGCAGCCUCCAGCCGCCCAGUCAGUCCACCUACCCACUCAUCGCAGCUCCCUGGCUGCUGGCUGCCAUCCUUAGCCUCCCUCAAGUCUUCAUUUUUUCUUUACGAGAGGUGGUCCAGGGCUCCGGUGUGCUGGACUGCUGGGCAGACUUCCGCUUUCCUUGGGGGCCACAGGCCUACAUCACCUGGACCACCCUGGCCCUCUUCAUCCUGCCCGUGGCCGUGCUCACAGCCUGCUACAGCCUCAUCUGUCGUGAAAUCUGUAAGAACCUAAAAGUCAAGACCGAGGCCUGGCAAGUAGAAGGAGGGGGUUGGAGGACGUGGAACAGGCCCUCAUCCCCUUCUGCCCCAGCUGCAGCCACGCGGGGGCUGCCAUCCCGGGUCAACAGCAUCAGCACCAUCUCACGGGCCAAGAUCCGGACCGUGAGGAUGACCUUCGUCAUUGUGCUGGCCUACAUCGCCUGCUGGGCGCCUUUCUUUAGCGUCCAGAUGUGGUCUGUGUGGGAUGAGAAUGCCCCUGAUGAAGAUUCAACCAAUGUGGCUUUCACCAUCUCCAUGCUUUUGGGCAACCUCAGCAGCUGCUGCAACCCCUGGAUCUACAUGGGCUUCAACAGCCACCAGUGGCCACAUUCCCUGCGCCGUCUGGCCUGCUGUGGGGGGCCUGGGCCCAGGAUGCACAGACAGCUCUCCAACGGCAGCCCGUCCAGCCGCCGUACCAUGCUGCUGACCCGUUCCACCGGCACACCUGCCCUUGGCCUCAGCCCCAGACUCAGCGGGAGGCCAGGGCCCAAAGACUCACCGAAGGAUGAAGAGCAGGUGGACGGGGACAACACCACCGAGACCCGCAUCUUUUAG